AUGGCGCCUCCGCUGGUGCUCUCACGCAGUGCAGCGACUGUGGCCCAGUGUGUGGCCGCCGUCCUGAGCCAUGGCGUCCGCGCCAACACGAGCCCGUGGGCCGUGGUGACGGCGGCGGCGACGGCCGGUCCUGCAGGCGAUGCCAGCUUUCCCCGCGCAAUGCGGCUGGCCACGGCACAAUCCACCUCGGACGACGACGCGCUCUGCAUCUGGAUUGGUCUCGGCUUGGAGUAUGCCAUGAUUCCGGCAUGGAUCCAACACGUGGCCGGCUCCAUCCCACCGGCUCUGCACGAGCCAUGGGGCAUCCUGCGGACGCCCACACUCGUCUCAUACGUAGUCCGGGCUCUAGGUCCACUGUCUUCGGUCUCGUGGCCGCCGUCGCCUGCGGCAAUCCCACCGACUGACAAAGUCGAACAGCCGCACCUGGCUCCGCCGGUGACCACUCAAUCGAUUGCUACCCAGACUGAGGCUAUUUCUCCACUCUGCCUCUCGUACGAAGAGCUGCAGACUGUCCACUCGGACACACUGACGUGUCUGGAGGCUGCGCGCCGCGAGAACGACCGGCUUCGCGAGCGACUGGUCGACGUCCUCACUGAGCGCGCAACCGAGGUGGCUGACUCGAUUCGAAGCCAGGCCGAGGCCGAGGCGCGCAUUCGCGCCCUCGAGAAUCAGAUCCGCACCAUGCGAGGCGGCGCGAGCACCGAGUCCUCACCUGACGUGACUGCUCUGCCAGCAGUGCCUGCACCUGCAUCUGUUCCCCCUGCGGUUCUUCCGCCGCCCCCGCCGCCGCUUGGCACGGCGAUGGCUGGCCUGCCACCGCCACCGCCUCCCGCCACCGCUACCCUGACCGCCGCGAGUGCGGGGCCACACCCUGCUGCAGCGGCAAUUGUAUCUGUCACUAGCGCACCGCCGCCGCCGCCGCCACCACCCCCACCACCACCGCCACCGUCAUCGCCUCCCGCGAAUCGACCGUCUCGGGUGGUCCGGGUGGUGAGCCCUGCGUCAACACCCGGCGAGUCCCAUGGUGGCUCGCACGCCGCGCUCCUCGCAUCGAUUGCAAACGGAGUCAAGCUCCGCCAGACACCGGGUCCACGGGCGCGUGGCGCUCAGUCGGCGCCGCGGCCGGGCCUGCUCAACUCCCUGGCGGCGUCCAUCCGCAAGCUCGAUCUCGGCGACGAGAACGCUACGCCGCAGAGAGGCACCAACGGAUCGUUUAUGUCCGAAACAAGCUCGGGCUGGGAUGACUCACCGCUCCAGGAGCGGACACCGUAUGGGCAGACGCCAACAAAGUGCCGCAUAACGGCCAAGAGCUCGCCGGCGCCGUCACACUUUCUCACCAUCUCGUCGGCCAUGCGCACCAUGCGGCGAGCGAUGGCCUCUGUCUCACCAUCGCCGUAGCAAGAGCAAGCAAACACUGCCCACGCC